GACGAAACGAAAGAUAACAAAUCGAAAAUCCGUAGCGAUUUUGGCACAAGCCAUUCGAUUCAAGCUGAGUUUGUUUAAGGGUAGUUUUUGCGUAUGGUUCGCCCCCCGCUCGUCACGAUUGGCCGCUUUGCGCGCCCAACGGCUCGCUGCAACCGUAGAGCAUUCCCCGACCGCGCUGUUUUGCAUGCCCGGCGUCUCUGCAUUGCAGCGGACAAAAGCCGUCACGAGAUGCAUCAGUCGCAAAAGUCAUGUAGUGUGGAAUAUUCGCGCUUAAUUGCGCCAACACGCGAGGAAAUCGAGUUUACCAGUCCACUUCGAGAAAAUGACAGCGUUGUCCACGAAGAUUUUGGAGAGCAGGUAUGCGCACAGUGUGGUUUGCGAAAGGCGAUCAGUCAUUUUUGGAAGAAUCGCGCUCGGAAAAGUGGAUGGCACACUGUUUGUAAGCAGUGUUCAUCGAGAAUGCAACGACAAUGGAGGCAUUCAGUGCAUGGCACUGCCGUUGCGUUGGCAUCGGGGGCGCGUCGCAGAUCGAGGGAUCAGGGUCUGCAGUGCGAGAUCUGCGCGGACAGCAUACAUCGCAUGCUUUCCCAACAGUCGGGCAGGUGCUUCUAUUCUGACGUUGAGAUGGAAUGCGCUGUCCCGAACUCAAAUUGGCGAGUGUCCCUUGAGCGCGGGCUACACUGUAGAUAACUGCGUGCUGAUAGCGGCUGAGUUCAAUUCUGGCGAUGCCAGCCGAAACAAAGUAGGACUUCACAAAGUAUGCGGUACAGCGCAAUGGUCUCGCAAGAAAGUAUUUGACGUGUUCACGCUGCGGAGCCGCAGAGCUGAUCGCGAGCGAUUGGAAGAGCUCAUCCACGAGGCACGUGCUCCCAAUGCUGGCCGCACGCGUCUGAAUGGAGCGAGUGUGGGUACGCAGGAGCACGCAUCGCAUUUUUAUUGUGCUAAGUGCGCUGACAGGGGGUGCAUAGAGCCCUGUACUGAUAUAUCCCUCCAUUGUCGUGGAUGCACGCGAGCAUACAGAUUCACGUAUUCCCGUACACUCCGGGGCAACAUGGUGAUCUUAUUGUGUGGAGCACGAAGGCGAGCCAUUAAGCGAGGACAUGCUUGCGAUUUGAAUUUGGAUAUAUUGUUGGACAAACUGUUGCAGCAGCAGGGGCGCUGCCACUAUUCAGGAGUGCCAUUGCAAUAUCUGGUUCCGAACUCUGACUGGCGAGUGUCGCUCGAGCGUCUGGAAAAUGACUUCGGAUACGCUCCUGAAAACACCGUCCUGAUUGCACAUGAGUUCAACACCAGUGAUUUCAGCCGCGGGAAAUGGACGCAUGCGGUGCGUGGAACUGCGCAGUGGUCCAGAGAGAAAGUUGAAUUCAUCUGGGGCAGCGUACGCGCUAGCACUGCGCAGGCUGCCGAAGACCGUUUGAGUACAACGCAUUUCGGUGAUCUCAGGUUUCCUUGAAGAUGUUUGGUGUGGAUGCCGGAACGACAAGUUGUGAAAUCGCCCAGGUCAGAAGCGCGGUGGGCAGGCGCAAAUCCAGGUGCGUUCGUUGUUUAUGACAGAAUUUUGAAAACAUAUGACAA